AUGAGCAAGUCAGAUAUCGAUAAAGCAAUGCGGUUGCUUGAAGAGGGACGCUUCCAAGUUUUGCGUUGGGAAGAUGAUGACAUUUCCCUCCGGUUUGCUGCUGAGCAAGCUCGUUUACCUUUUGAUCGUUUAACAAACCAAGAGGCUGGAUGUUUUCCUGAUGUUUUGGGUUCCACAGCGUCUUGCCAACUAUACUUGUUCAUCCGAAACAAAAUACUUCAAAUGUGGUUCCUUGAUCCAAACGUAGAGCUGACUGCUAAUGAUGCUCAGCAACAGAUGAUCGUCCCAUAUAACAGCGACACACGUUUAAUCUAUAGAAUUCAUGCUUACCUUCAACGAUAUGGUUACAUCAAUAUAGGACUGUUUCACCGAUUGCGAAACACUCCGUCUUAUAGUCCGAAGUUUCGAAAGAAAGUUAUUAUUAUUGGCGGUGGCAUUUCGGGCUUGAUUGCGGCUAGACAACUUGUAUAUUUCGGUUUCGAUAUUCUGCUGCUAGAGGCUAAGAAAUCCUGCGGCGGAAGAACUUUGACUUAUAAGAUAUCUCAGGAUAAUCGUGUCGAUUAUGCAGAUCUAGGAGCAUCUAUAAUGCAUUCAAUCAAGGGGAACCCUGUAGGAAUUUUGAUGAGACAAGCAGAUUGCAAACCUUAUGCUAUCAGUCGAGAAUGUCCUCUUUUCGAUGAAUUUGGCAAGAAUGUUGAAUCCAGCAAUGAGCGUUUAGUCGCAGAUGCUUUCAAGAAAAUAAUUGAUUUGAAUAAUUACAUGCAACAUCAGAAGAAUUUAACGAAACCUGGUGGAGAGCCGUUCAAUCUGGAAGAAACAUGUGUCAGUCUCUUGGACAUUCUUGAAUUGAAAAUGCAAAAUAGGAGAAAAGAAUUCUACGAUAUAUACGAGGAUCUGCUUAUAAAGCUCGAGAAUGUUCAAGCUGAGGUGUUAUCAUAUACGAAACUGCUCGAUGAAUUGCUUGCUCAAGUAAAAAUGCCUGAUAAUCCGGUUGAUGAGCAAGCCCGCAUGGUCUAUGAGAUCGAAACACGUUGUCGUAAUCGUGAUUUAGCUGAUGGACUCAAGAAACUCGAAGGGGCGAUCGAACGACAGAACAACUUGGAAGCAACUCUGAGAGACUUGAAGCGACAGGAGCCUAGUGAUUGCUUCAUGAAUAACAAAGAUAGGAAAACUAUGAAUUUUCAUAUGGCAGUUUACGAGGGCAAGUAUGGAGCUUCUCUGGACAAACUGUCGGCCAAGCAUUACAAUCAAUCGGACUUGAACUACGGGGAUACACACUCAGUCGGAUUCAAGGAAGGGUUCGGAUCUGUUAUGGCGAAGCUCUUGAUAGGAAUGAAAGAGCAUAUUCGCACCGAUAGUGAAGUGACGGAAGUAAAUUAUACAGAAGAUAAAGUUACUGUGAGGGUAAAAUCAAGUGACAAAGAAGAGACAUAUGUAGAGGAAGCAGAUUGCGUUCUCUGUUGUGUGCCGCUGGGAGUUCUGAAAAAAGUGGCUUACGAUGUACCCGAAGCAAUAAAGUUCAUACCACCCUUGCCCGAAGACAACAUUGAGGCUAUCACCAAAGUGGGAAGCGGAGCGCUCAACAAAAUUGUUAUGGUCUUUGACCGAUGCUUUUGGAAUACAGAAACACAAUUUUUUGGACAUCUUAACAGGCAGACGCAUGAUCGAGGAGAAAUGUACAUGUUCUGCUCCACUCCGGGCUCUCUCGUUUUAACUGCUCUGAUGUCAGGGCAUUCUGCCACAGUCGUUGUUCCUAAUCAUGUUCUUCUCAAACAAUGUUUGACCGUUCUGCAGAGGAUUUUCGGGGUAAAUAGUCCACAACCGCUGGAGUGUGUGAUCACUAGAUGGAACGAGGAUCCAAACAUAAAGGGAGCUUUCUCUUACCUCCCCCCUGGUGUAGAUGAAAGUUUUUUGGACAGAUUAGGAACAUCAGUUCAUAGUGUCGGACCUGACGGUAUAAGAACUAAGGAUGCUAAGAUAUUUUUUGGGGGAGAGCAUACCUGUAAAGAGUUUCAUGGAACCGUUCAGGGCGCUUGGAUAAGCGGGUUGCGAGAAGCUGCGAAAAUAGCUGAUAAAUAUCUUGGAUGUCCUUUCUCUUGCAAAAGCGUUAACACAGUUAUCGACUUAGAUAGUGAUGAAGAGUCAGAAAUCUGA